UCGUCGUCGCUCUUCCACUGCCUCUCAUCUCCACACACGUAACUGCCUCCCUCUCCAUCAUUCCUUCCCUCCUCCUCCUCCUCCUCCUCCUGAUGAGAAGCUGAAGUUCGACUCUUCUCCGCCUCCGCAAAUCUCCAUGGCGAGAACCCUAAUCUCAUCCCCGCAGUUCCUCGGCACGCCCCUCCCGCCGCCCCCUCGCCGGCGGCCUCCUCCUCCGCGGGCCGCCUCACCUCCGCCGGCUCGCCCCCCACACCGCCGCCACAGAGUGAAGUUCAGCUUCCACGACAUCCCUCCCGUCCACUCCUUCGACUCCUCUCCUCUCGAUCUGAGCUCCGCGCUCGGCCGCGCCGAGGGCUUGCUCUACACGCUCGCCGACGCCGCGGUCGCCGCGGCGGAUUCGGCCGCCGCCGGAGCUGAUCCCAGCUCGACGGACGUGGCGGCGCAGAAGAGCGGAGGAUGGUUCGGGUUCAUAUCCGAUGGCAUGGAAUUCGUUCUUAAGGUGUUGAAGGAUGGACUCAGUGCGGUGCAUGUCCCCUACGCAUACGGCUUCGCAAUUAUAUUGCUUACUGUAAUUGUAAAGAUUGCCACCUUGCCUUUGACGAAGCAGCAGGUGGAAUCUACUUUGGCCAUGCAAAAUCUCCAACCUAAGAUCAAAGCUAUACAGCAAAGAUAUGCAGGGAAUCAGGAAAGAAUACAACUUGAGACAUCACGACUAUACAGGCAGGCUGGGGUCAAUCCUUUGGCAGGAUGCCUCCCAACUCUAGCAACCAUACCUGUCUGGAUUGGUCUAUAUCAAGCUCUCUCUAAUGUGGCAAAUGAGGGAUUAUUAACAGAAGGUUUCUUUUGGAUCCCCUCUUUGGGUGGACCUACUACAAUUGCUGCCCGACAAAGUGGAUCUGGCAUUUCUUGGCUCUUCCCAUUUGUGGAUGGUCAUCCUCCAUUGGGUUGGAGUGACACUGUGGCAUACCUAGUUUUACCUGUCCUUCUUGUUGUUUCUCAGUUCGUGUCAAUGGAGCUUAUGAAACCUCCUCAGUCGGAUGAUCCAGCUCAAAAGAACACACUACUUGUUUUCAAAUUUCUUCCUCUGAUGAUUGGUUACUUCUCCUUGUCCGUCCCAUCAGGAUUAUCAAUCUACUGGUUUACAAACAAUGUCCUGAGUACAGCACAACAAGUGUGGUUACGCAAAUUAGGAGGGGCAAAGCCUGUCGUGACUGAAAAUGCAAGUGGCAUCAUCACAGCUGGGCGUGCAAAACGAUCAGCUGCUCAGCCAGCACGGCAAGGAGAAAGGUUUAGGCAAUUGAAGGAAGAAGGAAAGAAGAAGUUAAGCAAGGCACUACCGGCAGAAGACAUUGAUGUAGCGACUGGGUCAGAUGCUGAUGAAGAUGGCUCAGAUGAAGAUUCUCCAGACAAGGGGGAUGAAGUCUUGGAGGGAGCUUAUGCUUCUACUGGCAGCAAACAGACACCAGAGCUUAAUCGGCCGAGGAGAAGCAAAAGGUCGAAGCGGAAACGUGCCGUAUGAUUUUGUACUGUUCAAUAUAUUUUUGUAGUCUACAGUGAGUCCUUGUAUAUCUGUGGAAGUUGUAUUUAGCUAAAUUAUAGCCAUUUUUUUUGUACUGGUGCCUACACGUUUCUCGUGAAUUAAUGCCAUCAACAAAAGUUAGCUACUUGCUUGA